UCUCUUUCUCUCCCUCUCCCUCUCCCUCUCUCUCUCUCUCUCUCUCUCUGGUCGGCCACACCUCCGGCAUACACACCCACACACCUACACACACCUGCCCUACACCUUCCCUUCCCUCCUGUAGCUCCCUGACUACACCUGCUUCGCCCACACCUGUCUGGUUCAAAUCGGAAGACAUGGCUAGGAAGAAGCGAACCAGCGCAACCACCACCACCAGACCACACGGUGCCUUCCCCUACCGCCUGUUCCUGCCCUUUGUGCUGUGCGUGGCGGCGUCCUUAGUGUACGUGGCCCCGCAGGAGGUCCCCAAGCUGUCAAUGGCCGUGGUGAAGUGCCUGCCCAUUCUGAGUCUGAUGGUCGUAAUCCUGCAGAAGGAGAGCCUGAAGGGGGGAGGCGAAGUGGCCCUAGUCUUUAUUGGUCUCGGAUUAUCUCUCUUCGGCGACUACUACCUGAUAUGGCCUGACGAAACGUUCCUGGAGGGCUUGGUGUCCUUUGUGGUGGCGGAAUCCUUCUACAUCACCUCCCACGGGUUCAAGAAGGUCAGCUGGCGGUCCGGAGUGCUUGUCUAUUCCCUGUGUCUCUUCUCCCUUACCGUCGUCUACAACUUUCUCCCCACGCCCGUUCAUAAGAUUGCUGUCACCUUCUACUCCUUCUCCCUUGGUACGAUGCUGUGGCGGACCAUCGACAGGGCGUGGCUGCGGCGGGACAUCCCCUGGGGGCGGCGUGUGUGCUCAGCAGGCGGGGCGACGGCGCUGGUGGUGUCUGACUUCUGCAUUGGGACUCUGCAGUUUGGGCGCCUUGUUCCCCACGCCCUCGCCCAGCUCACUAUCCUGUCCACCUACUACCUUGCCCAGCUGUUGAUCGUUCUGGGGGCGUGUGGCAGGCUGUGGCGGGCCUAGAGGGGGAGGCGGUGAAGGAGGCGGUGAAGGAGGCGGUGAAGGAGGCGGUGAAGGAGGAGGAAAUGCGAUGGUUGUAGUAGUGCAGGAAUGGGUGACUGAAGGAGGAGAAGGAGGUUGUGGUGAUGGUGAUGAUGGUGGUGAUGGUAAGAGGAAGAGGAGGAGGAAGAGGAGGAGGAGAGGUUGUGUAUAUGGAAGGAAGAGGAGGAGGAGGAGGAAAGGGGUUAUAGUAGUGGUUUGGGUAAAGGAGGAAGAGGAAGAGGAGGAGGAGGAGGAGGAAGAGAGAUGGUGAAGAUAAAUAGAAGAGGAAAGA